AUGAAGGUUGGGAUUAUAGGUGGGAUUGGUCCUGAGGCUACCACGCACUACUACAUAAGCAUUAUUAAGCAGUUCCAGGAUGCAGUUGGUUCUGACAAAGUUCUCCCCGAGAUGGUGGUUGAGAGCAUCAAUAUGUACCACAUGUUUGAGAUGUUGGAACAGAGACAAUAUGAUGACGUUGCUGAAUAUUUAGCUCAUGCAGCAUGUAAUCUUCAGAAGGCUGGUGCUGAUUUCGGAGUGAUGUGCGGCAACACCCCACAUAUUGUAUUCGAAAAGAUCCAGGGCAAGACAGAUUUACCAUUGUUGAGCAUGGUCCAGUGUUCAUUGGAUGUUGCCAGUGCCAUGGGGCUUAAGAGAUUGGCUUUGUUGGGGACAAAAUUCACAAUGCAGAACGAUUUCUUUAAGAGGCCUUUUGAAAUGGCCGGCAUUAGCAUAUACACACCUUCUCCAGUAGAACAAGAGACAAUUCACCAAAAGAUAGUAGGUGAACUGGAAAACGGAAUAGUAACGCCCGACACUAAAAGUACUCUCCUCACUAUCAUCAAUGGAAUGAUCAAGGAGCAUGGACUUGAUGGUGUAAUCCUGGGCUGCACGGAACUACCGCUCAUUUUAAAUCAAAGGGACUUCUCCAUCGAAGUUCUGGAUAUUGCCAAGGAACAUAUUAACGCAAUUGUAAAGAAACUCUCUUGCUAG